AACUGGUCAUAAUCGGUUUGGGUGUGAACAUUAAUGAAAUUUUAAGUGCCAGUUUCACGCCCAUUCGCGAAGGCAAUAAUUAGACAACAAUAAUUUUUAACAGUGGCGAGCUUUGGUUGACCCAUUAUGCAUAUGAAAGCGUAGUAUUUAAGAUGCUAUAGCCAACAAUUAAGUAAUCACAUAGUAAUCAGUUGCAUAGUUAAGAGGAUAUCAUAGUCAAGAUGAAGUCAGAAAGUGUGGAAGAAAUAUUUAAACGUAAUUACAACUCAAUUAAAGUGCUUUUCGGAGUAUCCUUCAGUUUGGGUGUGAACUUGACAGCGCCUAGUAAAGUGAAAGAUGCCUUGAAACUCUUCAAUGUGAUUUGGGUAGUGACCAGUCUUCUAUCCUUAUAUGCCCACUGGAGUUAUUUCAUUCGUCAUAUUGACAACAUACCACUUUUAGCUGAGACCGUUUGCACCGCCUUGCAAACUCUCAUUUCCGCUGUAAAAAUGGUGUAUUACCUCUUCACUCAACGUACUUUCUAUCGCCUUCUGGAUCAGACUUUGACACAUGAAAUAAUACGCAAAAUAGAAAUAUUUGAACAUGACUUCCCUAUAAAUCGCCAGUUGAAGCAGGAGAUCGAUGGUAUAAUGAAUGGAGUCUGGCGUAGUGCAAGGCGCCAAAUAUUAUUUUAUUUCUGUUGUUGUGUGGGUAUUGUUUGUAAUUACUUUUUUGGCGCCUUCUUCGUGAACCUCUAUCACCAGCUGAAGCAAACACCCGAUUAUGAGCAUAUAUUACCAUUUCCUGCUCUGUAUCCAAUUUGGGAAGAUAAAGGCAUGACAUUCCCCUAUUAUCCAUUGCAAAUGUAUAUGUCUGGCAGUGCUGUCUAUAUCGCUGGCAUGUGUGCGGUGAGUUUCGAAGGCGUCUUCAUCGUGCUAUGUCAACAUGCUGUAGGCUUGGUGAAGGUCCACAAUUUGUUGGUGCUCCGAUCCGCCUCACCAUUGAUACCGGCUGAGAGGCGGAUUGAAUAUCUGCGUUAUACCAUAAUUACUUAUCAGCGAAUAAAUGUUUUUGCGCAGCAGAUCCAAACAAUUUUCAAGCACGUCAGCUUGUCACAAUUCGUACUGAGCUUGAUUGUAUUUGGUUUUGUACUGUUUGAAAUGAGUUUCGGUUUAGAGUCCAGCAUAGUUAUCGUUAUUCGUAUGAUAAUGUAUUUUGCGGCAGGAGGAACUCAAAUUAUUCUCUAUUGUUAUAAUGGUCAGCAGCUAACAAGCGUGAGCGAAGAGAUUCCGUUAGCAUUUUAUAACUGUAAUUGGUAUGAGGAAAGCGGCAAAUUCAAACAACUGUUACGCAUGAUGAUUAUGAGGACUAAUCGACCCUUUAACUUGGAGGUAUCUUCGUUUACUCUCAUGAAUUUGGCCACCUUGAUUGCGUUAUUCAGAAUGAGUGGUUCGUACUUUUUGUUAUUGCGCAACAUUCAAGAAAAAUAAACACCAAAUAA